CCCCUCCGGUAGCGUCUUCCACUGCCUGACAUCAUCCACGAACGAAUGGCUGCAGUCUGUCCAAGCGAUGAUGAUCCUCUCCAUCAUCUUCAGCGUCUUGUCCCUGUUCCUGUUCUUUUGCCAGCUGUUCACGCUCACCAAGGGCGGACGGUUUUACGUUACUGGAAUCUUCCAAAUCCUUGCUGGGCUCUGCGUGAUGAGCGGCGCGGCCAUCUUCACAGUGAGGCACACGGACUGGCACCAAGCCUCGGAAAACACCUCCUAUGGCUUCGCCUAUAUCCUGGCGUGGCUGGCCUUUCCCUUGGCCCUCGCCAGCGGCAUCAUCUACAUCAUCCUACGGAAGCGCGAGUGAUGCCGCGGGAGGCGGCGUGGCGUGACAAGGGCACUCAUGACGUCCACGGAAGAGACGGAGGCGGGGGAAAAUAGACGAGAAAACGGAAAAGAAAAUUAACCAAAAAAAAAAAAAAAAAAAAGGAAUAAACCCUCCCACCAAAACCAAACCCAACCGACCCCAAAAAGAAA